GCAACAUCAGCUGCGAUUGCCAAGAUCAGGCGGAUGCCAAGCUGGAGUCUCUCAUCAGUCGCUGGCCGAGUCUCCGUUCAGUUGGUCGAGUUGUCUCCGAAAUAUUCAAAAACUCUCCAAAGCAGUCGAAAAAAACGCAAAGAAAAUCGUAACAAGCCAAGGCAAAGUGCUAAUAAAUCGAGCAAAAUGCGCUGCCUGGCAUUGAGCGCACUCUUUUUGUGCCUGGCUCUGGCCGGACACUUUCACAUGUCAGAUGCCUACAAGAGCGAAGUACAAAUCACCCCGGAUCCCUUGGACUCUGUGGAGACGACGACCAAGAAGUCCAGUUGGUUUGGCGGCUUCAAGAAGUUCUUUGGCAGUGAUGCCACCACCACAACGACAACGAUUGCUCCCCCAGCUGUGACCACUCCAAAAUCGGUGGUAGUUACCCCAACGGCAGCCCAGAAACCUCCCCCACUGGUCAUCUCACAUGCUCCAUUGAUGCCAUUGGGUCCACGACCGGAUACACCGGGAUCCUCACCAUUUGGCGCCUCCCCACCACCGGCCAGCGGUCCUCAAUGGCCAACGACCAGUACAAGAUCGCCUCAGCCAUCUCAGCAGCCGAAUCAGCAGACGAUUCAGGGUCGUCCGCAGCAGGGAGGCACUGCAGCACCCAGUCUGCCGCCUGGUUUUGCCCCUUACCGCCCACAGAAGCCGCAGCCGAAUAGCUACGAUCUAAGCUACGGCGGUGGUCCAGCACCAGCAGCAGGAACAGGACGACCUGGUUUUGGUCUCGGCAUCAGCACCACCUCAACCACCACCACCCAGAAGCCCGCCACCACGACCACAGGUAAGGCACCGCAGCAGAAGGAUGACUUCCCAUCCUUGCCAGGACCUAGAAGGCCAUCGCAAAAAGAGGAUUUCCCAGCUUUGCCCACGGCCAAAACACCACCCGGCUCGCCCACACCCACACCGGGUUCUCCUUCGGCCUGGCAUUCGCCGCUGCCAACGCCUCAGCAUCCAGUUCAUCCGCCCACCAAGGCAACAGCAGCACCAACGCCAUCAACGCCCUCAUCGCCGUCGACGUCUUCGAAUAUCCCCUCCGUCACGCCCACACCACACGCCCAUGGAACGUCCUUUGGACCAAAUAAGGUGGUGGCUGGAGGUGCUGCCACUACUACCACUGUGCGUCCUGGCUUCCAGUCAUCGGGCAACUCGGUGGCCACCGACGACGAGAUCCGCCAGCUGACAGAGCAGCUGUACACCAAAGAGACAAACAACCAGCUGGCCAACAUCCAGGUGAACCUGCAGGGACGCACCCGAUCCAUCGACAGCGCCGAUGAGGCACCCAACCCACUCCUAAAUGUGGAUUCGAAGGCCCUGGAAUCCCCGACGAUCGCCAAGAUGCGCCUGCUCUUUAAUAACUACGAACACGACACCCAAGUCAACGAGCAUGUGACGCCCAACGAGCGCAAGGAGGAGAAUGAAUUCCUCGAUGCAGUGAUGGCCACGCCAGUGAUGCGUCAGGCUAUGCUGUUUCUGCAGCAGAAGGGAGUGGUUGGCCCAGAUCCAAAGACCCACCGCGAUCUGGUCAAGGAGCUUUGGUUUACGCAGUACUCCCGCGGCAAGGGCAAGAUCGGUAGCUCUGGCUUUGAGCAUGUUUUCGUCUACGAGGUGAAGGAGGGCACCAUCAUUGGUUUCCACAACUGGGUAUACAUUGGCGAAGAGGAGAAGGAUGGUCGUUUUGACUAUAAGGGAUACAUUAAGGAGCAGGAUAUUGGCACGAAGGCCAAGGUCCUGAAGAUCAGGUUCUCUCACCAGGGACUCAACAAGCCUGUGAACACCGUGUUUGUGGGCACCUCUCCGGAACUGGAGUUGGCCCUUUAUACGGUCUGCUUCCAGCUGCGGCCGGAUCGCACUUGUCCGGUGUCCUUGGGCAAUAGCAAGUUUGGCAUUGUCACCUACUCUUGGCGCUACCGGGGAAAGAACCUUAUUGGCAGCGCCUAUCCGGAGAUCUGAGAUUUGAGAUUUGAGGCAUCGAUCAGCGAUCGCUCCUCCCGUAGUCAUGGUAGAGUUUUUUUUUCUGUCACUUUAAUAAAUAAAGUAAAUAAAUGUGUGAAAAUUAAAA